UUCGCGCCACCCGACGUCCCUCAGCCGCUUCGAACCGCCGGCCGCCGCCUCCACGUGGGGGGCAGGUGGCGGGCGGGCCGUGCUUUCCAUCGGCCGGGGCGGGCGGGAGAACCCGCAAAAUGGCUGAGGGGGCGCGGGAGAGGCACCGCUGUGCCCGGCGGGGAGCGGGGGGCGAGAGCUGCCGCCCCUCCCCGGGCCGCCCCUCCUCGGGGGGCUCCCGGCCCCGCCGUCCCCUCGGCGACGGCCGGGCCGGGUGGGGCGGCCAUGCGGCGCCGAGGGGGCGGGAAGGUGCCGGCAGGGCCGCCCGAGGCCCCGCGCCCGGCUCUCCCCGUGGUGACCUUGGGCGGGCGGCGCGGCCCUCCCCGACAAGCGCCCGCUCCUCGCCCCCCCACACACUCCCCCCGCCCCUCUAUUUUUUAUUCUUUUUAAAUUAUAAUUUUUUAUUUAUUUAUGUUGGCCGCGGAAAGAGUUUUGAGGCGGGGGGGCGGAGGGGAAGAAGGCGGGGGGGGGGGCAGAGGAGGCCGCCGUCAGAGCGGCCCGGGGACUUUCCCUGCCGGAGGGAGGGCGCAGAGGGGGAGCCGUCCCGGUCCCGGUCCCCGCCCGGGGCGGGAGGCGGCGGCGGCGGGCGGGGUGUGAGGGGAGGGCGGGGGGCGCCGGCCCCGCCGCCGCGGGGGAGACGCGGCUCCCGGCGCUGUGCGCCCGAGCUGCUGCUGCUGCUGCUGCUGCUGGUUACGCCAGCCCCGCCGCCUGCCUCUCCGCUCUCCUCGCCUCUGAUUCUGCGCACAGCCAGCCCCAAAGCCUGUCAUUCUGCAAAACACAGUUUACUCAACAGAGAGAGCGAGUGGGGGAGCGGGAGAGGUGGAGAGAGGGAGACGGCGCGGAGGAGCCCGGUCCCGCACCCCAGCAUGGCUUCGGGGGACCUUUACGAGGUCGAGAGGAUUGUAGACAAAAGGAAGAACAAGAAGGGCAAAUGGGAAUAUCUCAUCAGGUGGAAAGGUUAUGGAAGCAAUGAAGACACCUGGGAACCUGAACAUCAUCUACUGCAUUGUGAGGAGUUUAUUGAUGAGUUCAACAGACUCCACGUGACCAGAGAAAAAAGAUCCAGGCACGGGAAACAGCCCAGCACGGCCAAACUGCUGCGGGAGAGCCGAGGGUCGUCUGUCGAGAAAAUAUCCCACAGACCUUCUGAAUCUGGCAAGUCUAAAGGAUCAACACACAAAAGGAAGAGAAUUAAUCCAUCCCAUCAAAAACAGAAACGAGGAUACGCAGCAAAGCCGGGCUCUGCCAAUGACAGGGCUGCUAAAACCGUGACUUACCGAACUACCCCCAGCGGGUUGCAGAUCAUGCCGCUGAAAAAGCCACACAAUGGGCUGCAGAAUGGAGAUGGCAGCCACGAGAAGGAUUCUAGACAUUUUGGGAAUGGCUCCCAGCAGCAGAACGCGGAUUUAAACGAUCACGAAGGAGACCCGAAUUUGCCCAGCGUGCUGGAAGUCGGGCCCGACCCCCCCGUGGUGAAUGGAAUUGGUUCUUCUCUGGCCAAUGGAAGCUUGAAUCUGCACAGCACUGUGAAAAGGAAACUAGAUGGGGAGAAGGAUUAUGUCUUCGAUAAGAGACUGAGAUACAGCGUGAGACAAAACGAAAGUAACUGCCGGUUCAGGGACAUUGUGGUCCGAAAAGAAGAGGGUUUCACACAUAUUUUGCUGUCAAGUCAGACUUCAGAGAACAAUGCACUGACCCCAGAGAUCAUGAAGGAAGUUCGGAGAGCAUUGUGCAAUGCAUCAGCUGAUGACAGUAAACUCUUACUUCUCAGCGCAGUGGGAAGUGUUUUCUGUAGUGGCCUAGAUUACUCAUAUUUAAUUGGCAGGUUAUCCAAUGACAGAAGAAAGGAAAGCACUAGGAUUGCAGAAGCUAUAAGGGAUUUUGUAAAAGCUUUUAUUCAGUUUAAGAAGCCAAUUGUGGUUGCUAUCAACGGCCCUGCUCUUGGGUUAGGAGCCUCUAUUUUACCACUCUGUGAUAUCGUUUGGGCAAGUGAGAAGGCUUGGUUUCAGACACCAUAUGCAACAAUCCGACUCACUCCAGCUGGCUGCUCAUCAUACACAUUCCCACAAAUUCUGGGUGUUGCACUGGCAAAUGAAAUGUUGUUCUGUGGGAGAAAGCUGACAGCACAGGAAGCCUGCAGCAGAGGACUGGUGUCACAAGUCUUCUGGCCAACAACUUUUAGCCAAGAAGUGAUGCUACGGGUGAAAGAAAUGGCAUCCUGCAGUGCAGUGGUGUUGGAAGAGUCCAAAUGCCUCGUGCGGAGCUUCCUGAAAUCCGGACUUGAAGAUGUGAACGAGAAAGAGUGUCAGAUGUUAAAACAGCUGUGGAGUUCUUCCAAAGGACUGGAUUCAUUAUUCAGCUACUUGCAGGACAAAAUUUAUGAAGUGUGAUGUCUUGGCCUAACUCAAAGAGUUGUGAACAGAGUCCACCCUGACGUGUUUGAGGCAGAGGCGAUGCUUCCCUGAGGAAUUUGUGACAGUGUAUCCCAGUCCCUGUGCUGGGGUGGCUUUCCUUGUGAGCUACAGCUGCCAUAGAUGGUUUGAUUUUGUGUAACCAGGGAGGUGUUCAGUGCACAUAAUCUCUGCAGAGGCUGCAUCUUUCCCAUUGCUCAUCCAGACACAACUAUACAUUCCAUGUGCUCAGAAGCACCACUGGAGCCCAGUAAGGCUCACCCACCUGGAAGGGUUUAUUUUGUCUGUCCUUCUUAACUUAUUCUUGCUGUUGCCACACACCUGGGCUGACACAGAGGGCUCAGGCUAAAAUCUUGGGUCACCACAUCUCCUGUAGACCCAAACACCAUAUUUUAGAAAUAUGUUAAUUAUUUUUUUGAAAAGUUCUAACAGUGUAAUGGAAAAAAUCUGAUAAUUUAUAUGUAUAAUAUGUAAAGUUAGUUUACAAAAACUACUAGGGUUUUUUUUUCUUUGAUGAAUUUAUUUAACUUAUUUAUUUUGUGUUCAUAUUCAGCUGUUUUAUUGAUCACAGAUCUUAUUUUCAUACUUCCCUUGACUCAUCACAUGAGAAUGCAAACACAUUUUUAGCAGCAAACUGAGUAGAAAAAUAAAGAAUAUAUAGAAACCCCACAGAAUGCUGUGGGCAGUAAACGAAACAGCCACGUGCGUGCUCCUCUAUGUGUAAAGUUGUACAAAAAAAAUGUAUGAAACAGAUUCAUUUGCCAGGGUUAAGAGAAAAAAAAGUGGAUUCUGAAGCAGUGAGUCCCCCUUAAGUCUCUCUUCACUUUCUGCCUUCUUGAGGAGCACUGAAGGGCUCACCAACAAGAUGCUUUAUUUAAGUUUACUGUUCCUGUUAUCCGGUGGCAGUAACAGGGUGAGUGGUGCCGGUCCAUGGCAUCGUACUGUUUUUCAGGUUUCAACAUCCCUUUUGGUCUGAAGUCUAAAAGCAAAUCCUUAUGAGCCUUAGUCUAGCUGCCUGAUUCCUCAGGUGUGAGAUAAUUUCUGCUCUGGAGGCCUUUGGGUGUGGGCCAGCAGUUUAUACAAGGUGCUAGGCAUUGACCCGAGCGCAGGGAGAGGUUUGGUUUUGCUUCCCCCAGCUCUCCACAUCUGGCCACCCCCUCCCCACCUGGUACAACUUACGGCUCUCCAGAAAAGCAGUGCCCGGGAAACGAGGAAAAUCCAACCUGCUCUUUUGGAAUGUGAUCCCAGUACUGUUCAGUGACACUGACUGACUUCUGAACACUGGAUCUCUCUCCGUUCUUUCCCGCUAGGGAGGCAGUUCCUGUGGAAAGGACACGAGCCUGCUCUGAGACUUCACCUGCCAUUUUACUACGCCCAAAUUAAAACCUCUUGAAGCAGAAGCUUUGCACAUUUGUUUGCUUUGUAAUUUGUGCACUUGCUCCCCCAUCCUUGAGCUCGGUGACUUUUUAUGGUUUAAACCUCUGCAAAUGAGGCUGCUCAGCUUUCUCCCUCUUAGUUAUUUCCAUGAAGAGUUUCAACAAAGCCUUUGUAAAGGUAAUGAACAGGUGAUUACAGUAAAUAGGAGCCUUCAACACAUUAAUGUAACAUUUCUUUUGCCACAAAUAAUUAGAAGUGCUGUUUCUAUGGCCUAAUUGUACUGCUGAAUUUUACCCUAAGGGCAGAGGUUCUCACGGAAAUUCUUCACGAAAAAGACAGAAUCUGGUUUCUAAUUAGCCUGGUUUUAAAUGUUUUUAAAUAGAAGCUUAUCGAAACAAGCAGCUUAUUUUUAAAUGGCUGAAAGAGAACUCUUUCAGGAACUGUUUGAAGUGAGAGAUGCACCCCUUGUUUGAUACCAACGCUGGCUUUUGCCCGUGCCCUGCCAGUUUGGAUCCAGGCCGCGGGCCCCCACGGCAGGUGCCCGUGGGAGUCACCUGGAAAAGAGAGGGAUCACCCAAGUGAAAACCACUCCCAGCCCCGUGUUUGCACAAUCAGGCCUCCGGCUGGGGACUCCACAAAACAAAGCAAUGGAAAGUACCACAGUUCCUCCAUUCCCUUUCGUUCCUUUCCUCCCGCCCAGAGAGCCAUAACUCCCAGUCGUGUCGGUAGGACAGGAGGAGCUUGAUUUCAAUCCUGUGCUUAGGUUUGGUAGAUAAACCCAGCAGGAUUGCUCAGCAAUGGGAAGGAACGAGGGCCGAGUGAGAUUUGGGAACAGAGGAGAAUCUUACGUUGUUCCACCUUUGAAACUGCACCAUUUCAUCUGAAUUUUCAGAUAUCUGUAUCUUAGCAUUUUUUAUGACGAAGGAAUGGUUGAAAUACAUUUUCUAUAAUUAUUUUUCCAUUAAAGCAAGCGCUAACCAUAGUUAACAUUUUUAAUUAUUCAUAUCUAUACAGUUACAGUCUAGUUUUCAUGGAAUCUAUUUUCCCUUCAAAAAAAGAGUAAUAACUAUGUCAAAAACUUCUUUUCCAGUAUUUAAAUAUCAGAAUCAGAAUUUUCUCUUGUGUUUCUGUCCUUACUAGGUAUUCAGAUAUCUAGAUGUACUGUACAUAUUAGUCUGGGUACCUUUACUAAUAUUCACAGUAUUUAAGAUGAAAAAUGCAAUUUGUUGUUUAAGUAUGUUAUUUUAUUCUUGUGUAAAUUGUUUUGUACAAUCUUUAAAAAUCUACAGUUUUGCAUUUGUAGAUAUUAAAGGUAAGCAAUUUAUUUUGUGUUGUCCUGCAUGUAUAUUUUUGCUGUAGAUAAGUGUUGCUUAGUUUACUAUUUCAGUACAUUUCUGUUUAAAUAAAUAAGCUUACAAACUUUAAUACAGUAUAUAUUUUCAGAAUAUAAACUUUUAUAUUUCUGUGGUAGGUUAGGGUAUGCGUUUUAGGCAAUCUUUUUCACUACUAUGAACUGUUCUUUUAAUCUAUAAUAUAAUGGUUUUGUGCCAAUAGUUUUUAAUUAGAAUGAAAUGCUCUUUUAAUGUUAGGGAUGAACAGACAAUUUUGGUUGGGGUUUGUUUUAUUUUGGUUUUUUGGGUAUUUUUUUAUUAUUUUGCCAGCCUUUACAGUUUUAAAUAUAAUUUAUAAAUGUAUUGCAUUUGUGAAUAAGCCUUACCACUAGGUACAAGAAAUCUUUAAAGCUGCAUAAUUGCUUAUGUAGCACUAAGGACUUCCCCAAAUAAUUGCUGUAAGAAAGUUAGCAAAUCAGAGUUACAGGGCCUUAAGUUUUUCUUGUGAAAAGGAUAAUACGGGUUGUUUCUCUUGAACAACAGAGGCAGAUUGUCAGCAUGGGCUUUGUUAUAUAUAAACUGUGCAUUUGUGCUCCCAACCAUGGUAGUUUAAUCUCAGGCUUUGUGUGGCUGGGUCUAUAAAAGUCAAAUCUGGCUAAAGCCAGCGCUCUUUAGGAGACACUAAAGAAGUUUACAUAAGAGACUUAUAGACAAUCUUAUCAUAGUACAUUUGGGUACUCGGUAUCCUCGACGUGUUCUCUGUGUCUGCCCAAUUAACCGUAUGUUUUAAGCCAUAUUAAAUCUCUUUACUGCUAUUUUAAAUACUACACUGAAAGUCAUUCACUGAGAGCUUGCUUACUCACACGCGGGAUUUCGAUUUUUAGCGAAUCAAAAUGUUUAUGCCUUCCAUAAAAAAAAAAAACAAAGGACCAAAGAACUGCAUUAUUCUGACAAGGCAUUAGUUCCUUCGCCGGUGAACUGGUUUGACAUUCGUACUGAAAAAUCAAAGAGUCUCUUUCUGCUACAAACACUGCAUCCUCAUCCAUGUCAGGUGUAAGGGGGAAAGGUGCAUCCACGGACCGAUUGGGAAAGGAGUGAUGUUCAGCUAGGGUGGCAUGUCUAUUGGUAAGGCUUAUUACCAAACCUCUGAGAUGAAGCAAAGAACCAAAAAUUCCACGAGUUAUGUCAAUGUAAAUUUAUUUUCAGAACUUGCACAAAUAAUUAAUUGUAGAACUUUGCAAAUUAGGCCCUUAAGUUAUUUUGUCAGAAUGCCAUGGAACAGACUAAAACAGUUUCUAAUAUUUGUAACAAUGAGUACAUAUUAUAAUAUUAUAAGGGUACAGGCACCCCUAUAUCACAGUGUUGUAAAUAUUUUCUGAAACUGGUACAGUACUGAGGGACUUGUAUCUUCUGAUAUAUCAAAUAUUGACUGUCUAGAUCAAAUUGUACACAAUUUAUUUGUUGAUGGUCCUGUAACUAGUGUAUGGACACAUUUCUGGGUGCCUUAGAAGUUGUAUUUUUCAUGUGUGUUAAUAUGCAGUAUUUAUACAUUGUGAGAAGCUGCUUUGAAUAAAAACAUUGAAACUUCA